AUGAAGCCCCUCCCCUUUCCAUUCCCCCUAAACAUCGGCACAGACAUCGUCCACAUCCCGCGAAUAGCCCAACUCCUCACCCGACCCGACUAUCUAACGCGCUUCACGCGCCGCAUCCUCUGCGACCAAGAACAAACCUAUUUCCGAAAACGCUUCAGCGAAGCCCUCAAAGAACGCGCUGCAUACCACCAACAACCGCCACCAGUGCCUGCGGAGAUAACGCGCUGGCUGGCAGGCCGCUUCGCAGCCAAGGAGGCGGCACGCAAAGCUGCGCCGUCCGGGGCGGCAUCAAUUGGCUGGAAGGAUGUUAUGGUUACCAUUCAAGAGGAUGGUGGGAUGUUCGGGGAGGGUGUGAGUCGUAGGCCUGAGAUUGUUUAUAUUGGGAAUGCGGAGGGUGCGGAAGAGGGGAGGGCUGCGAAGCUGUCUAUCUCGCAUGAUGGAGAGUACGUUGUUGCUACGGUUUUGGCGGCUGGGUGA